UGCACGCGUCAAAUUAGUCGUAGGGUUCCUUCCUUCUAUUCCCCCUCGCGCCCCUCCUUUACCUCCGGCGAGCCGCCGCCGCUCGAGAAGGACCCGGGAGUCUAACCUCUUCCGUGCGGUUCCCUGCUGCUCUCCAUCUAGGGAUGGCAACCUCGGCGCUGCUCCGAGCUCUGAGGCGGCCCUCGUCGGUGGCCGCGCUGCGAUUGGCAACAAGUGUCAAUGUGCAAACCGCCGCUGGAUAUAGGCAUUUGAAUAAUCGGAAUCUAAGUGUUUUCAAUGAGUUCUCAAAGCACCUGAAGGGUGAGGCUAAAAGUAAUCCUGAAUUCCAGAAAUCCAUGAAAGAGUUUAGUGAGAAACUUGGUGUGGUAAAGGAAGAUCUCAAAGUAAGAACUAAGAAAACGGCCGAGACAAUUUCCAAGAGCGUUGAUGACGUUUUGGCUGAAGCCGAAGCAACAUCUAAAAAGGUUACUGCAAAUGUGAAAGACAAAAUGUCUGCUGCUACAGAAGAGGUGAAGGAAAGUUUUGGGCUAGGAAAAGAAGAAACCUCAAGCUUCAGAGAUGGUUCGCAUGAAAAUUUGAAAGAUGGGAGAACUGAGACGUCCUCACACUCAGAUGACAAGUCCCAAGAGGCCACAAGUAGCUAUGCGUUUUUUAACAAAUUGAGGUCAACAAUUUUAUCGGCUUCACCAGUUUUAUCUGGCGCAUUUGCAAAACUGAGGGACACAAGAGUCUCGACGUUAGCUAAUCAGGGAUAUGAAAUUGUCAAAGAAGAGCUAAGCUCCAGCUCUAGCAGAAAGAAGAAAAAACAUGCUAGGCAUGCUUCUGCUGCAGUAGAGAAAAGUACAAGAACUGAUAUAGUUAUUGUACCAACAAAGAAGUCAGUAUUGGGUGAAAAAUGGGAAGCAAUCAAGAAUAAGAUGCGAGCUCAUCCAGUCUAUAAGAGAGUUAAUGAAUACACCAAACCGGUCGUAACCAAGGGACAAGAGGUAGCUGAGGAUGUCCGAGAACGCUGGGAGACAAGUGACCAUCCAGUCGUUCAGAAAAUUCAAGAUAUUAAUGAAUCUAUUUUUGAGGAGACCUCAACUGCAGUGUCUUUCAAGGAGAUACGGCGACGAGACCCAUCCUUCUCAUUACCUGAUUUUGUUGGUGAUGUUCAAGAAAUGAUCAAACCUGUUCUUACUGCAUAUUCAAAGGGUGAUGUGGGGACUUUAAAAAAGUAUUGCACCAAGGAAUUGCUUGAACGCUGCAAAGGAGAGAGGAAAGCUUAUGCAUCACAAGGCAUAUUUUUUGACCACAAAAUUCUGCACAUUUCAGAUGCUGAUGUAAGGGAAACAAAGAUGUUGGGAUCUGCACCCAUUAUCGUAGUAAUGUUCCAAACACAGGAGAUUCAUUGUGUUCGUGAUAGAGAAGGACAAAUAACAGAAGGAGGACAGGAUACCAUUCGAACUGUCUUUUAUCAAUGGGCCAUGCAACUUAUGGAUAGUGAUGAGGUGCCAGAAGAAGAAUCAUAUUAUGCAGUUUGGCGGUUGCGUGAGAUGCAUCAAAUUGGUAUCAAAGCUCUCAUAUAGAAUAGGUCUUCUUUCUUUUCACCCUUCCUUCACCCACCAGCACCACUGCUGCAUUGCAAUUCGGAUCGGAAGAUUCUAACCAUUCCGGCUUUCACCACUCGACAAACUAUGCGCGGUGGUGCCUCUCAGAGCAAGCAAUUUUCCACAUACUGUUUCUUUAAUUUAUAUGCUGAUGGUAGCAAUCUCCCUGUCUCAUGUCCCAUUCUUUUCAGUGAUGUGUAUCUAAUGUGUAUGUUAUUCACAAAAUCAGCUUCUCUUUUAACAUGUUGGCUGAAAAUGACCAUACUGCUGGUUAUUUUUUUGUUCCAAAUUGGAGAAGGAAUGCACCGAAAGGUCUUACAUUGCCGUAUCUGAGUAAUAAUUUGUGAAGGAAAGCAACCACAAUUUUGCAA